AUGAAGCCAUUGAUCGCGAUAUUGGCGUUGUUUCCUAUUGCGUUCGUCAUGGCUGAAGACGCCAGGAACGCGGAGAUCAGGCUAACCGAAACGAUGGACGAACUGAAUAAAAGAGACACCAUCAAGAUCUACGGUGAUAUGAUCACUUUGGAGAAGGUGGAGUUUGCGGAGAAUGGAGAGACUGUUGGAAGAGGUAGCCAGGAUCCUCUAGUCAGCAAGAUCGAAGAGUUCUUGAGGAGCAGAAGAAUUCACGUGCGUCUACCUAGCGAUGGAUCUUCCGCUGACAUGUUCGGAAGAGCUUUGGGCCAGAAAGAUGUGGCGAUUGAGCUUAGAAGCUUAACAACGGGAGCUUCCGAAGCUCGAACCAGGCUGAAGAAGAUCGCGUUGCCGAUUCUACUGGCCCUGAAACUCAAAGCCUUGAUCGUCCUGCCCAUCGUCAUCACUCUGAUCGGUCUGGUAGGCAUCAAGGGACUCGGUGCAGGUCUACUGUCCCUUCUUCUCUCCGGAGCGGUCGCUCUGAAGGCUCUGCUAACACCACCACCUGCUUAUCCUGCCAGGGUCACUUACGGAAUUGUGAAACCCGAGAUUCACCACGAUCACUGGCACAGGUCUCAGGAAGAGGUGAAUCAACCGUACAAAGGCUGGGCACCAGAAUUUGGACCCGAGCAGUAUCCCUACCAAGACAUCCCUUAA